GUCAUAAAAUAACUAUUGUUAUUAUAAUAUUUGUUGUGACGUCAAUAUUGUAAUUAUUUGUAUCCCUCCCUCAAUCGUCAGCUGAAAAAGAAAAAAGACUCUUGUGAUUCAUUCCCACACCGUUGUUUGAUGUUACUAUAUCGUGUACGUCAACUUUACGAAACUAUUCUAAAUUAGAAUAUUUAUUUUAUCCAUCUGUUUGUACUCACACAUAAUACGUUUAAUUAGAAAAUUAGCCUUGAAUUUAAUUAUUUUUGUUGCACAAAUUGCGAUAUCGGCAUCAGAAAUACUUCUGUUUUUUUUUAAACAAAAAAUGGAAUUCAAAAUAUGGAGCUGCUUCUUAGUGAUUUUGUUGGUUUCAUCAUGUAUUGACGGUGGAAGAGUCAAAAAUGCUGGGAAAGUCCAUAGUCGACCUAGUUCAGGUGGGUCGUAUCAUCCUUCCGGUGGAUAUCCAUCUCACACUGCAACGAACUAUCAUCCAAGUCAGAGCCACAAUCCCAGUUAUCAUCCACCAUCAAAUACUGGCUACCAUCCGCAGCCAAAUGCUGGCUACCAUCCACCGCCAAAUGCUGGCUAUCCGCAGCCAAAUGCUGGCUAUCAUCCCCCACCAAAUACUGGUUAUCAUCCAGCACCAGCUCAACCUGCACAAACAAUUAUAGUUGAAUCAGAGAAACGUGGAAUUGGUACCAUUGCCAAAGAAGCUGCUGUGGGUGCGGUAGUCAGUGCCGGAGUCAAUGCCGCUGUAAACAGAGUAAUUCCUGGAGGAAUUUAUGGCCACGGUUUCUCGGGAUCUUCGGGUUAUGCUCCAGCGCCAGCACCAGCACCUGCAGCACCUGGUGUAACACAUACUGAAAUUGUUUACAAUAAUUACUAUGGAAAUGGGACUGGUCCAGCUCCAGGAGAUCCAGCUGCUCAACAACCUUAUCCACAAGGUUUCCAACCUAAUCCAGCAGUUCCAGGUUCGGUUCCUCAGCCAUAUGUUCCACCGCAAAAUCCACCUAAUGGUAAUUAUUACGGAAACCCAGCAAGCUCUGUAACUUACAAAACAUCAACUAAUGCUGCUGGAUCAAUAAUUAAUAACAGCGGCCUUAUUGUUACACUUGUUACUAUAUUUAUCUUUGCUAAAAAUAUUUUUUAAUUAUAAUCUAAAAAUAAUUAACUAUUUUUAAAAUAUAUACUUGUAAUAUAAAAAUAUUUUUCGCAAUUGCUAAGGAUCAAUUUUGAAAGAACAAAAAUUUAUAAUUUAGUAGUAAAUUAACUUUCUUCCAUCCAUUAGUUUUAAUAUUUAUCACACGAUCAAGUAUUUUAAAACAGUAUGAUCAAUUAUUAAACGUCGGUUAACUUCUGUAUCAUUCAAACAUGACCCUGAAGUUAGCAUACAAUUAAUAAUUUUUGUAUUUUUUUUUGCAAUUUAAUUUUUAAUAAAAUAAAAAGAAAAAUAUGCACAGGUAGAAAAUAAAAAAAUCUGUAAGUGUAAUUUUUUGAAAUUUUUUUGUUUCAAAUCUAUUGGUUUUAAAAAAAUCAAAAGUUAUAAGACGUCAGCUAAUUUCAGUUUCAUACAACAGUACCAGGGUGGCCACGAACCGGGAAAUAUCGUGGAAAUGUCAGGGAAUUUCGAAAAGUAUCCGGGAAUAAAAUUGUAACAGUUCAAAAUUUAAAAAAUUUUAAAUUCUUCACUAGUUAUAAAAACUAAGGUAUGUUAAAAAAAUCUCAAAUUUUAAAGUGAUUUUCAACAGAUUGUAACUCAAAGGAAAAUGGUCAUACGACAAAAACAAAAAAAGCAAAUUGUAGCUUCAAGUGUCUAGUUUUCUGAUCUGGUCUUUAUAUUUUUUUAUUAUGUGCGGUUCCCGAGUAAUCCUAAGAAAACUAUCGAAAAAGAAAUUAGCCAAAUUUUUGGUCGUCUUAAAAACGGUCUCCGAGCUUCAAUAAAUUUUUUUCGAUAAUUAUGAUUGAUUUUUGAUUGCUCCGGAACCCUGCAUAAUAAAAAAAUUUUAAGACCAGAUCAAAAAACUAGACACUUGAAGCUACAGUUUGACUUUUUGUUUUUAUUGUACGACCAUUUUCCUUCGAGUUACAAACUGUUGAAAAUUACCAAAAAAUUUAAAAUUUUUUUAAUAUCGCUUAGUUUUUGUAACCAGUGUAUUUUGAAUUUAUUUAAAUUACAAAAUUUCUUAUGAAAUAUUUUAACUUAUACAUUUUUAACAUCGAAUAAUCAAAAGCAGGCAAUAUUAAUUUAUUUUAUUGCCAUUUUUUUCUGGUUUCUCGCAUGAUUUAAUUAUCAAAUUUAAUUAUUAAAAUUGAAAAUAAAAUAAAAACUUUGAAUAUCUAAAUAAUACGAAUAAAAUUUCUAAAUCAGGAAAAAAUGUGAAAAACUUUACUGGAAAACCGGGAAAUAUCAGGGAAUUUUGAAAUAAUUUCUCCGUGGCCACCCUGUUGAUAUAAGCUUAUAAAAAUUGAAUGACAUAAUAAAUUAUGAUAAGUCAAUAUAUGUCUAGAUUAAAAGCAAAAAGCUAUUGCUUCACAAUAUGAUAUACUCCGUUUUUUAUUAUAAAAUCAAACUUUUAUAAUAUUUGAAUUUUUAAAAGUAUUUACAAUAAUUGUUACACAACGCCGUUAUAGAAUCAAAGUCUAUUUUUAAUACAAUAUACAUAUUUUUUAUUGUAGACAAGCUUUUGCGCUAAAGUAUUUUAUUUUAAAUUAUAAAAUUGUACAAUUAAUCUUUAAAAAAUUAACAAACAUAAAUAAAACUUGUAAUUAAACUCCUCGAAAAUAAAAUAAUUGUUAUUUUAAUCAGUAUCGAUCAAAAGUAUUGGCGGGAUUUUUGAAUAAACAUAUUUAUCAUUUUUUAAAA